AAUGAGAAUGAUUUUGAUCCAGGGUUCGUGGUGGAUUUUCGGACUUGAAGUGCGAAUCCAAGUCCGAUCAAAAUUAGAGAUGGAUGUCAUUCUGGAGCCUGAAGAGCGUAGCUCCACUCCAGGACAGUCCUCGCCUCACAUGGUCGAGUUCACAAGCCUCCGCCAACAUGGAGAUUCAGAUGGAGCCAGCCAUGACGCAGUUUUGGUGUCAGAUUCGGGUCGAACCUUCCCCGUGGACCGAACCUUGGUGGCCAGUCACAGUCCCGUGCUCAAAGCCCUGUUCACUUUUCCCGGUGAGCCUCACCCUGAUGGGGUCUAUUCACUCCAAUGCAUUCCAGAUUCGUGCGUCGAAGCCAACCUGACCUGGAUCUACCAACAGAACUUGCCCCUCUCGUUGAGGAAUGUGACCCUAAUCCUGGAAGGAGCCCACUACUUGGACUGUGGGGAAGUCGUGCAAAAAUGCCUGGAUUUCAUCUUCCGGCAUUUGUCGCCGAGCAAUGUCAUCAGCCUUGCCGCUUUUGGUCAAUUCCACCAGAUUUACGCCUUGAGCCACCACUGUCAACGGUACAUCGAGUAUCACUUCCGAAGAGUGGUCCAACAUUCCGAAUUCCUCGCCAUGGACUGCAACGCCUUGUUCGAGUUGCUCUGGUUGGAAAACUUGAAUGCCCCGGAGGAACUGGUUUGGGAAGCAGUGGUUCACUGGAUUUAUGCAGAUCCCGAGUAUAGGCGUGUGUUCUUGCCCACACUGAUGAGAGCCAUUCGGUUCUGCCAAUUUGGAUACCUCUUUUUGAGUGAGAUGGUGAUUCCCCAAGCCCAGUGGAUCCUACCCGAUGAUCCCGAGGUUCGAUCCAUUUUGUCCAAGUUUACAUCAUUGUACCACAAAGAGAUCACUUGGUCCGGACACUUUAUGGUUCCUUUGGUCGAACCUCCAUUCCCUUCUUGGCCGAGAUUGUCCCAAGAUGUGAUUGUCACUUUCGGGGGUUGGAGUGGCGAGGUUGCCGUAAAUCUGAUGGAAAGCUACGACAUUCGGGCCAAUCGUUGGACUACUCUACCAUUUUUUGAUCCCAUUGACGGAAGGGCCGAUUUCGGAGUGGCUUGCCUGGGCAGCAAGAUCUAUUUCGUGGGAGGCUCCAGUAACCAAAGAGAACUACGAUCGGUUACUAGUUUUGACUUAAUCACCCAAACCUUCACAAAUUGCUCUCCAAUGAAUUUUGUGCGGACCAAAGCUUGUGUGGUGGCCUUCAAAGGCCAUCUAUACGCCAUUGGAGGUUUCAACGGAUCUCGUCGAUCUCAAACCGUCGAGCGCUAUGAGUCUGAGCGAAACUGUUGGACCAAGAUGAGCCCUUUGAGAUUUGCCCGCUCUGGAGCGGGUUCCACAAUCCAUCGGGGUAAAAUUGUGAUUGCGGGCGGAUUUGAUGGAUUCACCCAACUAGACACGGUCGAAGCUUUCAACCUGGCCACUCAAAAAUGGGUGAGCAUGGGGAAAAUGUGCACCCGACGAUCGGAUCUGAGUCUUGUGUCCUUGGACGGCGUCCUCUACGCCUUAGGCGGGUUUGAUGGGCGUGACUGGCUAGCCACGGUCGAGUACUACGAUCCACGACAUCGGAUUUGGCACUUUGCCCCCUCCAUGUCAAGUCCCAGGGCCAAUUUCAGUGCCCUGGUUGUUGAUGGCACCAUAAUGGUUGUGGGAGGAUUUGAUGGCCAGAGUGGAAUACGUGAGGUUGAAAGCUACAAUCCCAAUCAAAGAGAAUGGUGGCCCAACUCCCCUUUGAAUGUGGGACGGUACGGCUUAGGCGCCUCUUUGGUGACGGGCAAUCAUCUCGACCCUGCCACCCUCGUCCAAUUUGCCUACAUUAACAGAGACCGACUAAUGGAGGAGAUGCUUGCUUCCGGUGAGAUGGCUCAGAAGCCGAGAUAUGGAGCCAGGACUGACUUGGUUACGACGAACUCGGAUAGCGAAGAUGAAGGCAACGAGGAAGGCAAUGAGACCGAUGAGGAGGAGGUUGAAGUUGAUGAGGAAGGGGACCAAAUAGGGGGAGAAGAAGAACAAGCCUUGGAAGGGGAAAUCGAAGCCUAUUUUAGUGAAGAGGACGAAGAUACCUCAGAAGAAAGCUUUGGUGAUGCUGAUGAUGAACAAGAGCCUGCUUGACACAUGGAGAACAAGAGUUCGCUUUUGAGCUUCUUUAGAACAAGUUUCUCAUUAUGCAUUUAGUGAAUCAUUACCUCCAGGCCUUUUUGCAUUGAUGCUGUACCUAUAUUUCCAUUCAAUAUUCGGGCAUUCGUUUGAAACAGAUAACAAGUGAGAUCAAAUCUCUCAAGUAGAUUUCGUGGCUUAUUAUUCUGAUUCUUUGAAAGGAUGACUAAUGAAGUCUUAAUACAGUUUUUUUCACAUUCGG